UUCUUCUCAUCUACGACCGCCCCCUCUCAUCUCACUACGUCUUCUCGCGCACAGAUCGACGAUCUUACGGCCUUUUGAGACGGUCACAGUUUGCAAAAGUUAGCGGGGACGACUGCUUGGCACAGUAACGAACAUAGCUAGAAAAGCUAGAGAGAAAUGUCUAUCGUCACCAUCCGCAACGUCGAAUUCCUAAACAACCCCGCCCGCUUCCUAGAUGCGUACCGCUUCCGAGUGACGUUCGAGUGUAUCGCGGAGCUGCCGGACGAUGUCGAGUGGAAACUGAUCUACGUUUCGUCGUCUGGGAACGAGGAGCUCGACCAGGAGCUCGACGAAUGUCUCGUCGGUCCCGUGCCUGUCGGCGUGAACGCCUUCGAGUUUGCAGGUUCACCCCCGGACCCGACAAAGAUCCCGUCGGAGGACGUCCUCGGCGUGUCCGCACUCAUUCUCACGGGGUCGUACAAGGGCCAGGAGUUCGUCCGCGUUGGCUACUAUCAGAACACGGAGUACGACAGCGAGGACCUCCGCGAAAACCCGCCGCCUCAGAUCCUAUUUGACCGCCUCAUAAGGGAUAUCAACAACAAGCCCCGCGUGACGCGCUUCCAGAUCAAGUGGGACGUCUCCCCGCAAAACGCACAGACGAACGCCGUCGCGGCCGGUGCGGCGACUAGCGCGGCAGUUCCAAGCGCAAACGACAUCGAUAUGGAAGACCCGAGUCCGAAUGGCGCAUGAGUGGGGUCUAUGGCACCCGUAAUUUUGUGCGCAGAUGGCGAGGCGAGGCGUUAAGGGUUCAGGGAGGAGGUAGAUGAAGAGAGAAUGAGAUGUGGAGUGUGGAGAGGACGCAGAGACCUGGCGACAGAGAAUCCUAGAAGACAAACCACCGCUCCGCGCCAGCCAUCGUCCACGUACAGUGCGAAGUCUCGUGCACCCACACCCUUAUACCCCUGCGAUGCCCUGCUUUUGCUGCUCCUACCGGCGUGCGUGCACC